AUUAUAAGUCAGCUGUCACAUGACAGUCACUUCUGAUAGUUAUAUUAAAAAAAUAUUUAUAUUACAAUGAUAAGAUUUGAAACAUUUAAACAUAAUUUAGAUGUUGAUGACAAAUGUGGCUUAAAAGAUGUUAAUAUUGAUAAAAGUGUUAAUUUUAGAGGCUGCAUUGAUUUAUUAAAUAAAAACAGUCCAAGUUACUCUCUUGACACCAAAAUUCCACCUCUUGGUGCUGCUGUGCUGGGAUUGAAUAACACUGAUGCCCCCCUUCCAGAAAAGACAAAAUUUUAUAAUGCCUGGACUGAUAUUGAUGCUCAAGAGCUCUUCCUCAACUCAAAGCCUACUUGCUUUCUCAUUCUUGGUAAGCCUGGAGUUGGGGCAUACACACUGGGUGAAUCUAUAUCUAAAAAACUCAAAUGCAUUCACUUGUGCCCCAAAAAUGUAAUAAUAGAUGAAAUGGAACAGAAGACCUCAACUGGUAAAUGUAUGGACUUUAACAUGAGAGAUAAUAAGGUGUGCAAGUAUGACACAGUUUUCCCAAUCAUUAAAGAAAAGAUGAAAUCACCGGCUGUCCAACACAGGGGUUAUGUGAUGUCAGGACUACCGCUAGUGACUACGAGUUGGAAUGAGAAUUACCUUUUUGGUAGUUUACAUGAUGAAGAUUCAAUAUUAGAAGCAAAUGAUUUUCUAUACAAUGUUAUACUCAAUUUGAAGAAAAAGAAAAAGCGGAAGAAAGAAGAUGAGACUACUUCUCUCGGAAGUCAAAUGGUAGCGGAAGAAGAUAACAGAGAGGAGGAAGCUGAAGAAGAACAGGAACCUGAAGAUGAAGAUGUAGGAGAAGAAGAAGAACCUCCAGUUGAAUUACCAAAAUUUUUAUUAGACCCAUGUUCUGGAAUGAUCUCAUUCAAUAAACCAUACAUGACCUCUAAAAAAGUUGCAUUGCUAGAACAGUUCAAACAGAUUAUGGAGUUGCCUCUAAAACCAGAUGUUGUAAUUUAUAUGACAAGCUCAGAUGCAGACGCUGUAUCAAAAAAACAAAACACUUAUUUGAAUUAUGGAAAUUUAUCUACUGUUUAUAAACCUAUCUCUAGUAGAAUUCAAGCAGACCUGAGAUGGCCCAUUAAAUGUGAUAUUAAUGUAGACUUUUCUCACAGACAAGAAAAUCAUAUUGUUAAUUCUAAGUAUUAUUGUAGGCAACCAAUGAAUUUCAAGGAGAAUUCUGUGGAACAGAUGUGUAACUAUAGGAAACAUCUCCUUACAUAUAUAGAAUGUCAACUUAAACAAUUUGAACCUGCAACUAUCAUUAAAGUAGAUGGUUGUCUUCAAGUUUAUCAAAUGAUGCAACAAAUUUCAGAACAGCUUCUUUUCUUGUCUAUCAAACCAGUUUGUAUCCCAGAACCUAUGUAUCUUGAAGAUCCUUCUGAUGAUUUGGAGGAAUUCUGGCAAACUGUGGAAGAAUUGGCUGUAAUUCGUAGUAAUAAUAUCAGUUUCAAUAGAUACGCAUCUCCAUGGUACAAUAGAUGUCCUGUAGAACUCAAGAAAAGAAUAUCAAAAAGAGGACACCCCAAAUUUGCUGUUACUUUCCUGAAACAAGUAUAUCUUUUGUCUACAUUAUCGUCUAUGAUACAGUUUUGCAGAAACCCUCGGCCUUUUCUGAAAUUAACAUAUUUAGAGCCGACGUGCAGAGCUAUUGUUGUCGGCACUAAAAGUGCAGGCAAAACAAUGAUCUGUAAAUGUCUUGAGUGGCUAUUUGAUACACAAUACAUCAACUUCAAUAAAUUAUAUGAAGAAGAAAAGAAAAAGAAAGAAAUAAUCAUUAAAAAAAAUAUUUUUGCUGAUAUAAUUGCAACAAUAGAGGAUGCGAGAUUUGCAUUGUGGCAAACCACUGAAUUUCAAAGAGUGAAAGAUUUAAAUGCCUGGUAUGACUCAACUUUGAUGAAUCUCAAAAAAUACCUCCCUUUACUAGAUAAGUACUUAACGCAUGCGCAGUGCUCGUGUGAAGAAGAAGGAACGAAGGAAGAUGAAGAAGAAAAAGAAAAAGGAAAAGUAAAAGAAAAAGAAUCCCCUCUAGACCUAGAAGAAAAAGGAACAAAGGAAGAAGAAAAAGAAAAAGGAAAAGUAAAAGAAAAUGAAUCCCCUCUAGACCUGGCUUUCUUAAGCAAAUUUCAGAAAUAUCGGGACGAAUUUUUGACCCUUCCAUUCGUCAAUGAUGUGGAGGAAAUUAAACGAGCUAUUGCUGAUAAAGACACUUUGUUGAGAAAUGCCCCUGAUCACUUGAUUAUUCCAGCAGAAAAUCCAGCAUUACCGGUCCUAGGUGAUACUGAUGUUACUGAAGCAAUUAGCGCCUACAUUGUCGCAAAUGAACUUCAAAAAGACCUUGACCCCACUGCUGAGGAGUUAGUGACUGAAUUAUACAAGAUUUUGGACAAUAUUGAUAAGGAGGUGGCUGAGUCAACAUGUAAUGAAAAACAAUAUGGAAAAUGGGUCAUUGAUGAUUUUCCGUCAGAUCCAGUAUUUUGGGGACUUUUAAUAGAUUCGGGCUUCAUGCCGGAUUAUACAAUAGCGUUAAUAGAAAACAGAGAAAUACAGGCAGAACUUAUGAAAGAAUAUAAAAAUAUUGAAAACAGCGUUAAACUCUACCAAGAGAGAUUUGUUUUAGCCGAUGAUCCAUUAAUAAAGAUUAAACUAAAGGAAAAACAUUCCCCACGUUCAGUUGUAAAAUUUAUUAUUCAUGAUCACCAGGCCCAAGUUUUGGAUGAUAUUUUUAAUGAUAGUCCAGAAAAUGCUGCUGAUGUUUCAGACUUAACAGCUGAAAUAACGACAUUUACUGAAGCAAUUGAUAAAUUUCGAGAAAACUGGAAUGAAAUUCAAUCUAAAAUUGAAGAAGCUAACAAAUGCCACAUCGUGGUAGAGCUCGAGAAUAAAACUGAUGUUGCUAUUACAGAAGAAGUUUUAUUAAAGUUACGUCAAUGCUAUUAUUUGCCGUGUGUUCCUGGCGAACCAGAGGAUAUAGAAAAUCUCGACGAAGACGUGGAUCAACCAAAGGAUACAAGUACCUUUAAUUUGCCUUAUUUUUUGUGUGAAACGAAUGUUUAUUGCCCCAUUGCGUAUUAUGAUUAUGGCGUAUUAUGGGAAGGAAAACCUGAAUACUCUAUCAAAUACAACAACAAACUCCAUCUGUUCUCGAAUGAAAAUUGUUUAAAUGAAAUAUUUUCAAAAGAUGUUACUAAGUAUCAGUCAUACACUAAGCCGUUUAAACAAAUUCCUUGUUUGAGAAUUUGUGUAAUGGGAUGUAUUGGCAGUGGGAAGACUACAAUAGCAAAAUACAUAGCCAAAGAACUUGGUUUAAUUCAUGUCGAUUUUGUUGAACUUGUGAACGACUAUUUAUUACCGCAACAUUUCAAGAAAAUUGGUCGCAAGUAUGAAAACAGCUUCACUGAUACAUCAACUGAAGAUGAAAAUGCUGUGGAAAUACAAGUGGGCGAAGAAAACUUAGAAAACCUCGAAGCUGAUCUAAUGGGAAAAGAGACUGAGCUUAGACGCAUGUUAAAUAAUUAUUUUGAGCAAGGAACACCACUUCUGUCGAUUUUGUUGCAAAAAUUAUUAAAGAGAAUAUGGUUUGAAAAACCAUUUUGCUCCACAGGUAUUGUAGUAGAUGGGUUUCCACGAAUGGCAUCUGAUGUUGAGGAUAUGGUAGCUUGCUAUUGCAUUCCAGAUCUUAUUAUUGAUGUAAGUACUAGUUCAGACGAUGUACAAGAAAGGACAGCGCCUAAUAUAUACAAAACGUGGAAAGCUCAAAUGACUGAAGCAAAAUAUUUAGCUAAACUGAAAUUUGACAAAGAAAAAAGUGAAUGGUUGUCAUCUAUAACUCAGAAAGUCGUUUGUAAAUUAAUUUUAGAUGAGAUUGUAAACGCUGCUGUAGCAGAAGAUGAACCUAUUAAACCACCGUCAACAGAAAGUAUUAAAAUAGAAGCUGGUACACAGGAAUCUGACUUAAUGAAGUACUAUAACGAGAUAGUCGAAAUUUUUCCAGAGCCAGUCGAUUUAAGCACUUGGGAAAAUGCUAGCGAUGCUCGCGAUAGAAUCGAAGCCAGAAUAGACAGCAUUUAUGAUAUUGACGACGGAAACAUUGAUAAUCUGAGAGACCCUGCGGAAGAACAAAAAAUUAAGAUAGUGCCUAUUAAUAAUACAAAGUCAUUAAAUAAAACUUUGAGAAAAGUUUCAGCCCAGCUUAAAACCAUAAGAAAUAGAUCCGAAUCCUUUUUUGAGCAAACAUUUAUACUUGAUCCAGAUGUAGCAGAAAGACUUCUGUUAGAAGGCUUUUACUUUAUUAGCAGGUUUAUUAGAAUGUGUCCAGUACAUAUUUUUGAAAACCCCAACACCAUAAUUAAUCCCUAUAAAGCAAUGAAAACUAAAGGUACGGUUUACACUGUUGCCCACCGUUCUUACAUUUAUUUCAUCAGUGGUAUAACAAACUUGAAGAAGUUCAGACUUAAUCCACUGAAAUAUAUUGUAAACAAUAAUAUAACUAAUUUUGUUCAAUACCCUUUAAGGUUCAGCGUAAUUGGACCGCCAAAGUGUGGAAAAAGUGAAUUAGCAAUGAAAUUGGCAAAAAAAUAUGGUUUGAUUUGUAUUUCAAAAGGUAAAGCUAUUCGACAUGUAUUAAAUAAUAUGCACUGGAUCGAAUUAGCAGAACAAAUGCAGAUGCAAUUAAGAGAAGGAAAAUGUAUUGAAACAGGCCUCAUUAUCAAAGCUGUUCAGAUUGUUGCUACCGAUCACCGCACAGUUACGAACGGUUGUGUCUUUGAUGGCUUUCCUGAUAGUGCACCUGAAGCAAUGGAAUUGUUAAGUAUCGGGCUUUAUCCUCUCUUAAUAUUCGAUCUUUCUAGUGACAAAAUGACGAUCCUAGACAAUUCACAGAAUGAGAUAUAUUUAGAUAUCAUAAAGUAUAAACCGCCGUAUUCACGAUCUUUUAUUGAAAACAGGUUUAUAAGCUGGGCUAAAAACUGUAUGAGUGUAAGGGAUUUUGUGAAGGAAGACAUUCAAAACCUUUGUCUUUUAAACGGGAACGAAUCCAGAUGGCAGUGUUUAAAAGAUGCCGUUGUGAGGAUUGAAUCAACAGCUCUAGAGAUUUGUCAUUACUUGCACAAAGCUCACUCAAAUAUUGUACCUGCCGGCGUCAUGUGUGUUUCGAACGAAGCAUUCAAACAAAGAAUGUCUUGUUAUAAAAACCUGUGUCCCGUUUGUCUCUCCAAAAAUACUCUGAGACACAACGAAUUCCCAGUUGAUAAAAAAGGUGUACUGCAGUAUAAAUAUAUGUAUUAUUGGGUUUGCGAAAAGCACUUGAGGUUGGUUCUUAAUAAUCCCGACCAUUACUUAGCUCAUAGAAAGAUGGAUGUUCCAGAAAUCCCUACAGUUGUCAAAAGAAUCAACCCUUCACUUGUUUACGAAAAUGGCAUUUGUAUCGUAUCCUAUGCCGAAAACUUACCAGCACAAAAGAUAGAAAGAGGGAGUAAUAAGUUUGCAGCUAACUACCACAGAAAUACUUAUUUGUUUUGUUCUGCCCUUUGCCUAAAAAAGUUUUUGGCUAAACCUCAGUUGUAUUAUAAUGUAGUUGUUUUUAAAGAUGCAAAGAUGUUUCCAAAGCUAUCUCUUAAGAACUUACCGCAUAUUGGUUACCUGGAACAAACUGUAGGAGACAUAAUUACCGAAGCUUGUUGUUCAGUAAAUGUGCUGAGACCUAAGUACCCUGGCUUGAAUAUACAGCUUUCAGGUCUGCUCUAUAUAGCGCUUUAUCUAAAAACGCAUAACACUCAUACGGAUAAGAGUUUCCUGCCAAAGUAUUUGAGAGCUCUUGAAGUAUUUGAAGCUAGGUGCAAAUUAAUGAUAAAUGUCGGCUUACGCUUGAGAGCCAUGGACAAUCCGUUUUCCAAAUAUCCUAUAUGUCACCAUCGUUCGAAGAGGAUGGUGUCUAAUUCUGAGUUAAAGUCUACAGCUUCCAGUAGCAGUGGAAAUUCGUUCCAGUCUCUUAUCGUCUACGAUUCGACCUAAAUGUUACUGUAUUUAAUAUGUUCACCUUUUCUUAGUUUAUACCUAGAUAUUUAGCUACUUAGACAAUUAUUUUUUGCUACAGGUGACAUACUAGUUACCCAAGUUGACGUUGAGUUGAUGUUUUCGUUUAAUGUUAAAGAAAAACUAUUUAAUUGUUUCUGUUAUUUUGUGUUAAUCUAAUAUUUAAAGAUAGUUAUCCCGUGGUUUUAUUUCUGGACGUUUGUGAACAAUCUCAUCACUGGUACGUAUGUUUAACUGAUGGUAUAUUUGUGUUAAAUUUUGGAGACGUCUGACCAUUUAUUUUCUU